UCGUUUUCUUGUGAUAACUCUUUAAAAGGUAUCGGUUAAUCUGGGAUUUUCAAAAAUAGGAUAAGAAUACUUUUGAGCCUGGUUUAAGAAAGUUCAUUUCCGUCGGAAACGAUCUUCUUAGACACUGUAACCAAUCUCUGAACCACGGAGGAUGGGCUAAGAUUUUGGAUAUAAGGUCCACGAAACCUUUGAAGACUAUUGUAUUUUAGUGUUUCCUUCAAUUGUUCUACCUGUUUCACCAUUCCAGUUGAUAUUUCAUCAUGUUUUCCCGUAUUUCCAUUUUCUUUGUUUUCUUGGCCAUCGCCAACGGACAGUUUGUCCAACAACAAUUGAUGAGUGAAGACCCAGAGCCAGAGCCUGUUAAAGUGAAAGAAUACGACUUCGAUUGCCGUAACAAGAAUGGGUAUUUUGCCGACGUCUCGGAGAAAUGCCAAGUUUACCAUGUAUGCCAAUCAUCUGAGAGUGCACCCGAACAAACACUCAAACAUUCAUUCAACUGUCCUGAAGGAACCUUCUUCAAUCAAGAAGUGUUAACUUGUGCUCACGAAACCGAUUGUGGAAGUAGUGAGAGAUUCUACCAAAAUCAAAAUUCUCAGAAUUAUCCUCUUCAAAAAUCUGAGCAGCACCCUGAACAAUUUCAACAAGUCAACAUUUUUUAAUCCUAAUAAAUAAAUAAUGUUAAUUUGU